AUGGCGCGCCUCCUGCUUCUGCUGAGCUGGGGCUGGCUCGGCGGGGCCAACAACAAGCUCCAGACGGACUGCGGCUCUGAGAGGAUCCAUGUGCAAGUCACGGUUCCGGUGAAACUACAGUCGGUGUACAGCGAGGGACAUGAGACACACACAUCCUACAGCAUUAUGAUUGAAGAUAAAACAUAUAUUAUGCAGCUAAAGCAAAAACCUUUUUUACCCAACAGUUUUAGAGUUUAUAGUUACGAUGGUUCGGGAAUCAUGAUGCCUAUUGAAGAAGAUAGUAAGAGCUUCUGCCACUACCAAGGAUAUUUGGAGGGUCACCCCAACUCCAUGGUGAUCCUUAGCACGUGCAACGGGCUCAGGGGCAUAUUGCAGUUUGGAAAUGUUAGUUAUGGAAUUGAACCUCUGGAGUCUUCACUUGGUUUUGAGCACGUGAUUUACCGACUCAUGCAUAAGAGAUCAAGUGCUUCUUUAUAUGCUGAAAAAGAGGUUGAAUUAAAAGAGCUGACGUAUAAAGUACAAAAAGUAGAGGCACAAAAAGAUCUCCCUCGGUAUAUAGAAAUGCAUAUUGUUGUUGAAAAACGAUUGUACGAUCAUAUGGGCUCUGACACGAACAUUGUCACUGAAAAAAUUUUCCAGUUGAUUGUAUUGACCAAUGCUAUUUUUACUUCCUUUAAUCUCACCAUAAUUUUGUCUUCACUGGAAUUUUGGACAGAUGAAAACAAAAUUUCAACCUCGGGAAAUGCUAAUGAGCUAUUGCACAGGUUUCUAACAUGGAAGCGAUCUUACCUUGUUUUACGUCCCCAUGAUGUAGCGUUUUUACUCACCUACAGAGAAACAUCCAAUUACAUUGGUGCCACCAUCCAAGGGAAGAUGUGUGAUAAAAACUUUGCAGGAGGUGUUGUGCUGCAUCCCAGAGUCAUAAGUCUGGAAUCGCUUGCUAUUAUUUUAGUUCAGUUACUGAGCUUCGGCAUGGGUAUUUCUUACGAUGACUUGAGCAAGUGUCACUGCCCAGGAGUGGUCUGCAUCAUGAACCCAGAAGCAGUCCAUUCCAGCGGCACCAAGGUCUUCAGCAGCUGCAGCAAGGAAGACUUUGCAGUCUUCAUGGCAAGCCCACUGUCCCACUGCCUUCAGAAUCGGCCGCACCUACAGCCGUCCUACAAGGAAGCCCCCGUGUGCGGGAAUGGCAUUGUGGAAGAGGGAGAGAUUUGUGACUGCGGAACUACUGAAAAUUGCCUGUGUCCUAGCGGUUGCUGCAACGCUGCCACCUGCACCCUUGUAGCCGGCAUGGAGUGCGACACCGGACCGUGCUGUUCCAACUGUCGGUUUAGGGUCAAAGGAACGCUGUGCAGGCCCGCCCUGGAGGAGUGCGACCUCCCCGAGUUCUGCAACGGCUCCUCCACAUCCUGCCAGCAGAACCUCUACGUCCACGACGGACACCCGUGCGGGCACAACCAGUGGAUCUGCGUGCAAGGGACGUGCAGGAGCGGGCAGCGGCAGUGCCAGGAUCUCUUCGGACAGGAAGCAGGUUUUGGUAGUGACCGAUGUUUUGAAGAAAUUAAUUCUAGGACCGAUAUAUCUGGAAACUGUGGCAUCGAGGAUUCAGGCUACCAAGCUUGUGCACCUAACAAUCGGAAGUGUGGGAAAAUAGUAUGUAAAUAUCAUGGGAGUGAAGUCCUUAAACUGCAAGAUGCCAUUACAGUGUACAUCAACGCAAGCGGACAAAUCUGUGUCACCUUGGAGUUUCCGAAGAAUCACAAUGACUGGGAGAGAAUGUGGGUGACCGAGGGAACGGUCUGCAGCGCCCAAAAGGUUUGCAGGAAUAAAGAAUGUGUAAAAAAUUCCUAUUUGAAUUAUGACUGCACACCACAAAAUUGCAACAAUCACGGUGUGUGCAACAACAGGAAGAACUGUCACUGUGACACCAAGUACUUACCUCCUGAGUGCACGAAGACAAAGGCGGACUGGCCUGGCGGGAGCAUCGACAGUGGCAACCACCCACCCGUCCCUGUCUACGGAAAGCAGUAUUUUGAGACUAUUUACGGUUCCAGACCUCCGAGGUGGCCAUUUUUCUUGAUCAUUCCAUUUUUUGCUAUUCUCUGCAUCCUGAUUGUGAUGUUGGUGAAAGUUUAUUUCCAGAGGAAACAUUGGAAAAGUGAUGACUACCUAAGCGAUGAGCAACCUGAGAGUGAAAGUGAAACCAGAGAGUAGCCUGGAAGAGGGAAAGGUGCUUUCACAAGCACUCAUCGUCAAUGCACAGAAGAAAGUG